AGGUCAGUACUGCUUGUUUUCCUUGCCCCUUUGUCAGAGUCCCCUUGGGUCAUUUCCUGCAAGAACUCAGGUGGAUUUGCUUUUGCUACUGAGCAUGCAGCUGAGAGCCAGCUAAGCUCCCUCAAGCUUGUUGGCAUUGAUUUCAACAAGGCCAUGCCCUGUGGCAACCUCACAAUUUCCCCAACCUUGGGGCUUAUUGGCAUAGCAUGCCUUUGGAUGGAUAUAGAAGUUGCUACAUGGAGUUUUUGAUUUGCAAAGACUGUUGGAAGCUGCAUGUUAUCUAGAAAGUGAGGGGUUGUAGCAGUGGAAAAGCCCGUUUUGCAUGCAGAAGGUCCCAGGUUCAAUCUCCAGCAUCUCCAGUUAAAAAGGCUGGGCUUCAGAUAUCAUGCAAGAUUUAAAAACUCAUGAUACUGUUCCAGAAUUUGCAUAUGUAAAAUGAAGUAUUCCAGUUGAGCAGGAUACCACUGAAAUCACAAUUGCAUCUGAAGAGCAUGAAAAAACCUUGGAAGAUCCAUAUUAGGACUGUACCCACCAGCAAUACUACAGCCAAGCCGAGCCGGGCUCGCGCGCUGCAGCACCGCCGGAAUCUUCUCUUGCGAGAGCAUCUUUCCCCCUCUCCGGGCCAGCCAGUCGUCUCCUCCGCCAGCGCGCCCUCGCCUGCAUUCCUUCCCUUUUUGUUCUUCUGAUCCUUCCUUCCAAUGGAGCUGCCUGCCAGCCAGUGCAAAAAAGUCAAGCUGAGCAACAAAGUGCAGAACUGGGGAAUGCAGAGAGCUACCAAUGUCACCUAUCAAGCUCACCAUGUCAGUCGGAAUAAGAGGGGGCAGGUGGUAGGGACCAGAAGUGGUUUUCGGGGCUGCACAGUCUGGUUAACAGGACUGUCCGGAGCUGGGAAGACCACAGUUAGCAUGGCAUUGGAAGAGUAUCUGGUGUGUCAUGGCAUCCCUUGCUAUACCUUGGAUGGCGACAACAUCAGGCAGGGCCUCAAUAAGAACCUGGGUUUCUCACCGGAAGACAGGGAAGAAAACGUCCGCCGGAUUGCUGAGGUUGCUAAGCUGUUUGCAGAUGCUGGCCUAGUGUGCAUCACUAGCUUUAUUUCUCCUUAUGCCCAGGAUCGUAACAAUGCCCGGCAAAUUCACGAAGCAUCAAGUCUGCCUUUCUUUGAAGUAUUUGUGGAUGCUCCACUGCAUGUUUGUGAGCAGAGAGAUGUGAAAGGCCUUUACAAAAAGGCUCGUGCCGGAGAAAUUAAAGGUUUUACUGGCAUUGACUCAGAGUAUGAAAAGCCUGAAGUCCCUGAGCUGGUACUGAAAACAGAUUCCUGUGACGUCAAUGAUUGCAUUCAGCAAGUUGUGGAACUUCUGCAAGAGAGGGACAUUGUGCCAGUGGAUGCCUCUUAUGAGGUUAAAGAGCUGUACGUUCCUGAAAACAAGCUUAAGUUGGCCAAAACGGAUGCUGAAACUUUGCCAGCCCUGGAAAUAAAUAAGGUGGACAUGCAGUGGGUGCAAGUUCUGGCAGAGGGCUGGGCAACUCCACUUAACGGCUUUAUGAGAGAGAGAGAAUACUUGCAGUGCCUUCAUUUUGAUUGUCUGCUGGAUGGGGGAGUUAUUAAUCUCUCAGUGCCUAUAGUAUUGACAGCUACAAAAGAAGACAAGGAGAGACUAGAUGGCUGCACAGCUUUUGCUCUCGUGUACGGAGGUCGGCGUGUGGCUAUUCUCCGAAAUCCAGAGUUUUAUGAACAUCGCAAAGAAGAGCGUUGUGCCAGACAGUGGGGGACAACGUGCAAGGAACAUCCUUACAUCAAGAUGGUCAUGGAACAAGGGGACUGGCUUGUGGGCGGUGAUCUACAAGUGCUUGAUCGAAUUUACUGGAACGACGGCCUUGAUCAGUACCGUCUCACACCUGCUGAGCUCAAACAGAAGUUCAAAGACAUGAAUGCUGAUGCCGUCUUCGCUUUCCAGCUGCGCAACCCUGUGCACAAUGGGCAUGCCCUGUUAAUGCAGGAUACUCACAAGCAGCUGCUGGGACGGGGCUACAGGAGGCCAGUUCUGCUAUUGCAUCCUCUGGGUGGUUGGACAAAGGAUGAUGAUGUUCCUCUGAUGUGGCGGAUGAAGCAACAUGCGGCUGUGUUGGAGGAAGGAAUAUUGAAUCCAGAAACCACUGUGGUGGCCAUAUUUCCCUCUCCCAUGAUGUAUGCUGGGCCAACAGAGGUUCAGUGGCAUUGUAGAUCACGAAUGGUAGCUGGAGCAAACUUCUACAUUGUGGGCCGAGAUCCUGCCGGCAUGCCUCAUCCCGAGACUGGAAAAGAUCUCUAUGAUCCAACCCAUGGUGCCAAAGUACUGACUAUGGCGCCAGGCCUGAUAACGUUGGAAAUUGUACCCUUCAGAGUGGCAGCUUAUAACAAGAAAAAGAAAUGCAUGGAUUACUAUGACUCGGAACACCAUGAAGAUUUUGAAUUUAUUUCUGGAACUCGCAUGCGCAAACUGGCUCGGGAAGGGCAAAAUCCUCCAGAAGGUUUCAUGGCUCCUAAAGCAUGGACUGUACUGACAGAGUAUUACAAAUCCUUGGAAAAGGCUUAGGCUGCUUAUUACUUGCAGAUCAACCUUUGACAGUUGAUUUAUUAGCAAGAAGGGGGGACCACACAGUUACCAUUUGCACUACUUUGUAGUGUUGGUCAGGAAGUUCUUUCCUAAAAACAAAUCUUCUUAACAUCAUUUUUUUGCUCGUCUUAUGGAUUCUAUUACAUAUUGGCACCUAACAAAUUGCUGGUUUUAAUAUCUUCUCUUUUUAUUACAGUUAAUAUUAUUGCAGGAAAAUUUUUAAAUCUUUUUUAUAUUUUUAGGCCCUUCACUGUCCAGCAUUUCUAACUGCUGCUGCAUCUUUCUUUUAGUCCUUUCACAUUAUUUAAUGUAGUUUACAGUUUUGCUUUUUAUAGUUUACAGGAUGAAUAUAGCACUUGAAUUAAAAAAAAUUAGAGGUGCUAAAUUCAAUCAAAAGAUUUUUUAAAAUAUAUAUAUAUAUAAUGAAAUCAAACUUUUCUGUCAGUGGUCUUCUGAAAAUCUUGCAUAGAAUCUCAGAAUGGGCUUCACUGUAUUGCAAAUUAAACUUUCUGUAUUGAAA